CUAUUCAUUUUUAAACGAGCAAGAGGCUAUUCUUUCUUAUUGGAAGCACAUGUGGAGUGACGAGGAGAGUCUUCCAAAGAAUGUUGACCUGAAUAAUGAAAAUGGCUUCCUCCUUGUAAAUUUGAAAGGGUCCUCGGCAUUGAUAUCAGCGAAUUCGACAAAAGAUGGGAUUCAACGCAGACUUGCAUAUGUUGCAGGUGGUGGUUGGGGUGGUCAAGCUGUGCAUGAAGAGCUAAAACAGUUCAUUAUUAAAAUUGUGGGUGCACCUGUGUUUCUCAAGUACAUCGAGAGUGAAGGCGACUUGUUUGAUUUUGAAAGAUAUGUAGAAUCGGCAUUUAAGCGUUUUGAUGAAAAUGAUAAAAUGAACUUCAGAUUAUCGUUAAAUGAUUUAUGUGAGCAAGAGUACAAUGAAGAUUUUAAAACUGUCAUAAAAGAAUCACCAUUUUCACAUGGAGUGAGGGUUAUAUCUAACACCGGUAUCAUAAAAAUAGAACCCAAGAUCUUGAAUGGUUUCUUCAAGAAAACAUUAGAAGCGAUUGUGUCAAACAUUAAGGACAUCUUAUCUGACAAAAGUACCAAGGAAAUCAAAGUAAUUGUAAUGGUGGGCUAUUUUUCAAGAAUAAAAUUAGUCCAGGAUACAGUAAAACGUGCUUUCCCCUCAUAUCAGGUUCUUGUUCCUUCUGAUCCUGAAUUCACACUAGUUAAAGGUGCAACUCUGACAGGGCAUUACGGUAAAAUACCAUCACCAAAUCCAAAGGUGAGAAGCAUCGUUUCUCAAUAUACAAUAAGUGCUGUUGUGCAACACAUUAAUGAUGAACGUGAAUUUCCAGAACAUGUAAAAGAGAAAAUGAAGGUUUUGAUUGUGAAAGGAUCACAUGUACAGGAAGGUGACAAACAGGAAUAUAACUUUACAAUGGAUGACAUGUGUGAUAUGGAACACAUUGAUAUUUGCAUUUUUGCCUCUCCUAAAGCAGAAACAUAUGAAUCUGCAUCUUUACACAACGAUGGUGUUAAGAUCAUUAGAAAAGAAAGAAUGAAUUUCAACGGCGCUCACACAAUGAACGUCAACAUCUCUUUAGUGUUUGUGCCAUUUGGGUUAAAAUGGAUUAUAUCGGACGAAUGCAGAAAAGUGGCGAAUGGCAUUGAAAAUUUAGAUGAAUAGGAGUGGGAAAAAAUAGUUACGAUUUCAAAAUUAUUAUAAUAAUUAAUGUCUGUUUUUUGUGUGUGUGUUUACUUAAA